GGUAAUUUUUUUAAAUCCACAUAAGAUGCUUAUAUUAUUGCAGAUGUUAGUUUAAGUGGCUUUCCAGUUGAUGCUCCAACUGUCAAUUUUCGUAAUAAUUUUUAACAUGUGAACAUAUUCCCUAUGGGCAAGUUAUGUUUGUACUUAAUUAAUAAAGAAACUUGGAUUUCUAGCACUAGUUUGAUAGACAUCUUUUCAGGAAUUAACCAAGUUAUUCAUCAGUAUUCAAUAGAAUUAUUAAUUUUAGUCCUACUUUCAAUGAUCCUGCUAAUAGCACUUAUAAAGAUCCAUAAAUUUAUGAAAGGGAUAUGAAAGAAUAAGCUAGAAGAUUUAGAAAUGAGACAUAUAAAAUAAUAUGA